CAUCCACACACCCUGUCAGCUGGAAUCACCGGAUAGUUUGCAUAUACGGCACUUAUCGAUAGACUAGAUACACCACCAUCACCACCUCCACCACUAACUACCACCCACUACCCACCCCUCCUCAGUCUCUCUCCUUUUUCUCUCCCCCCAAUUCCACCCCCAGUCCCACCACCCCUCAAUGCCACAGAAACACCCAUCUUAUCCCCGGACCCAAAGAACAGAAAUGACCGACCCUGUCCCCCCCUCCCCAGAUGUAGAUGGAGACACCAUCACCGCCGCCACGAUGACACCCGCAUCCACCUCCACCACAACCCCAGAAUCAAACACCACCAGCACUACCACCACCGACAAUGAGACCAUCGCUCCCCCAAACGGCGUCUUCCCCCCCUCGGACCUGUCUAUGUCCACAACAUCCACCCUCUCAACAACAAUCGCGGCCUGCCACGCCAAAGUGCACACCUUCCUCUCCGAAUCCCACCCACCAGACUCCCUCCUCUCGGCCGUGCAACACCAAACCCGACUCUCGCUCGCCGUCCUAGCGACCGCUCUACACCGCUACACGCUCCCGGAAUUGGCUCUGUCAUAUAACGGCGGGAAAGACUGCCUGGUGCUUCUGGUCCUGUUUCUCGCCAGCUUGCAUCCUCUGCCCGAACCAUCCUCCUCUUCCAACUCAACCACUACCACCACCACCAACGAAACCAUAACUACAAUUCCCGCAAUCUACGCCCUCCCCCCGGACCCCUUCCCCCUCGUCGAAACCUUCGUGACCUGGUCCUCGCGCGCCUACCACCUCUCCAUCAAAAAAUACACCACCGACCCGCCCCACAGCACCAUCCGCUCCACCUUCGCCUCCUACCUCUCCAGCAACCCCGAGACGAAAGCCAUAUUCGUUGGGACGCGACGCACGGAUCCGCACGGCGCCAAGCUCUCGCACUUCGAUCGGACGGAUCGCGGGUGGCCUGAUUUCGUGCGCGUGCAUCCCGUCAUCGAUUGGCAUUAUGCCGAGAUUUGGGCGUUUAUUCGUGCGCUCGGGCUAAGAUAUUGCGAGUUGUAUGAUCGGGGGUAUACUAGUCUUGGGGGCACGGCGGAUACGUUGCCGAAUCCGGUGUUGAGAGUUGAGCAGGGCGAAGAACAGGGGCAGGAAGGGCAGGAGGGGAAGUAUCGUCCGGCUUAUGAGCUGACAGAGGACUUGGAGGAGCGGUUGGGUCGGAAUUGAUCGUGACUGGUUUCGGUUUUGGUUUUGGUUUCGGGUUAUUGGCACUGAUCAUGUCUGAUCGUAUAUAUAGAUUCUAUCCUUGGACAGACCGCCUGUACUCUUCCCCUGAUGUUCCUCUUUUGCAUGGAUGAUGAUCCCACCAGCCCCGUCUUCUUUUAUGCCGUUUCUUUACUUUGAUUCUACCAAUAGACAUACACCAGCUGCAUACCUUCA